ACUCCGGCCCAUGACGCUCCUGUCCCUUCCUCAUUAGGAAAGUAGGGCUUAGGGCUGCGCGGGGCCCGUGCCCGCCGAUAAGGCUUAUCGGCGUCGGUUUUCUUAUCUGGCAGAACUCCCCGCAUCGUUUUUCGAGUCAUCACCAUUUUCCCCGCCAUCCCCCCGGAGACUUUGAACAAUGGCUUCUGCAGUGGACGCGCCAAUUCCCCUGUGGCUGGACUGCGAUCCAGGCCACGAUGAUGCCUUUGCCAUGCUUCUUGCGGCCCACCACCCCUCAUUGAACCUUCUCGGCAUUACCACCAUCCACGGCAAUGCCUCGUUGCAGAACACCACCAUCAAUGCCACCCGCGUCCUAGAGGCGAUUGGCCGGCCAGAGAUCCCCGUCUAUCCAGGAAGCAAAAAGCCUUUCUGCAGACCCGCUCUUCAUGCGCCUAACAUUCACGGCGACUCCGGUCUCGAUGGCACUGAGCUCUUGCCCAAGGCCUCGAGAGCCCCGAUCACGGACCAGAACCCCAUCCUGGCCAUGCGGGAUGCUCUCAUGGCACAGCCCAAGGGUACCGCCUGGGUUGUCGCAACCGGAACCCUGACCAACGUUGCCCUGCUCUUUGCGACUUUCCCCGAAGUCGGAGAGCACAUCCAGGGCCUGACUAUCAUGGGUGGAGGUGUCGGUAAUGGUUUCACCACUGCUCCUAUGAGCCGUCUUGUGGGUGAGGAAAACCGGAUUGGCAAUGUGACACCCCUGGCGGAGUUCAACAUUUACUGUGAUCCCGAGGCCUCCCAAGCCAUCUUCAGCGACCCUGUGGUCGCAUCCAAGACGACUCUGAUCGCGCUCGACCUCACCCACCAAGUGCUUGCCACGGAGAGCGUGCGCAACCUCGUCCGGCACGGCGUGGACGAUGCCUCCGUCGAGCCGACCACCCUUCGCCAAAUGCUGUAUGAGCUCCUUAUCUUCUUUGCAUCCACUUACGAGGAGGUCUUCGGUCUCGCCACCGGCCCACCCCUACACGACCCUCUGGCCGUGGCGGUGAUCCUGUCGAACCUGAACCCACAGUACGCGAAGAGCCAUCCCGAUCAGGUCCUGAAGUUCGACGACCGGAACGGGGAGCGCUUCUCCGUCAACGUCAUCACCGAUGGACUCCAUGGAACGGACGUGGCAGUGGUGGGCUCUCUGGGUCGCACCGUGGUGGAGGCCAACCCGAAUGCGGUCUGUAUUCCUCGUGGUGUGGACCUGGAUGCGUUCUGGAGCAUGACCAAUGACUGCAUCAGACGCGCCGAUGAAUGUAAUGCCGCGCGUAAGGCGUGAGUCUUGACGCCUGACCCUUUUGGCUAUGUUUUUCACUAGACCACAUAAUUAAAUAGACUUUUGCAAGUAUUU